GAUGGAAAAUACAAUUGAGUUUAUACAUAAAAUUGUGAAAAAAGAAAAGGAAAAAAGUAUCGACUUUUCAUCGAAUAAACCAACUGAGAAAUACAAAUCCACGAGUAAAUUUUAUGAACACAUUCAAUAUCUCCUACCACAUUUGGGACCAUUUAAAUGUCAAUAUUGUCCGAAAGUUUUAAUGAACAUUGCCACUUUUCGCAUACACACAGCCAAACAUGAUGGAUCGAAGCCUUUUAAAUGUUCCAUUUGUAAUUAUGAAUUUACCCAGAAACCCGGCUAUGUCAUACAUCUACGAAGGCACACGCAAGAUUUCCCCUUUGUGUGUAAAUACUGUUCCAAAGGAUUUCCAUGUAAAAAAGAACUGAAAUUACAUUUUCAAAAUCAUCCGGAAUAUGAGAAAGAAUUUAUAUGCGACAUCUGUGGUGAAGGAUUUACGCAACAGAAAUUAUUAAACUGGCAUCUGAAGGCCCACAAUAACAUUCGAGAUUCCAUUUGUAAUAUUUGUGGUAAAGGUUUUACCAAUUCCAAGCUAUUGUUUCAACAUCGUACUGUGCACAGUCAGGAGAAAAGUGUUUGUAAAUUGUGCGGUAAAACGUAUGCCCAUUAUCGUGGUCUGUCGCGACACAUGACAAAAGAUCAUGGAACAACUGUGGCAGCAGUGGCUGCUGUCAUGGGCGAGAAACCCAAAAAGAGAGUACUUACUAUAAAUGAAAUAAGUUAA